CGUCUCCUCCCCACCUCCCCCUUCCUACCCACCACCACCACCGCCAUUAGCCUCCUGAUUCCCACGCCACCUAGUCCCGAGCCCCGUCCCAUGCCCGCUUUGGAGGCGCGAGUGAGUGAGCAGAGCGAGGCCUGAUGCGGCAGCGGCAGCAGGGGGAGGAGCACCAGGAGCUGUUCGUGCAGUGGAGGCCCUGCGACAAGAAGAGGUCCUAGGCCUCGAGCCGAGUCCGUCCUCGGAUCCACUCAUCCACUCGGGGCGCGCGUGAAGGCGCCGUCUUUCCGGCUCGCCGGCGGCGGCGGCGCGCGGCGGUGAGGACGGCCGGCCGAGGGGAGAUCGGAAGAUGAGCGUGUCCGUGGGGAAGACCCGGGUGGGGAGGUACGAGCUGGGCCGGACGCUCGGGGAGGGCACCUUCGCCAAGGUCAAGUUCGCCAGGAACGUCGAGACCGGCGAGAAUGUCGCCAUCAAGAUCCUCGACAAGGAGAAGGUGCUCAAGCACAAGAUGAUCGCCCAGAUAAAGCGAGAGAUCUCGACCAUGAAGCUCAUCAGGCACCCAAACGUCAUCCGGAUGUAUGAGGUGAUGGCUAGCAAGACAAAGAUUUACAUAGUGAUGGAGCUUGUCACCGGGGGUGAACUUUUCGACAAGAUUGCUUCGCGUGGAAGGCUGAAAGAGGAUGAUGCGAGGAAGUAUUUCCAGCAGGUGAUCAAUGCUGUCGAUUACUGCCACAGCAGAGGCGUCUACCACCGUGAUCUCAAGCCUGAAAACCUUCUGCUUGAUGCUAGUGGCACACUCAAGGUGUCUGAUUUUGGAUUGAGUGCGCUAUCUCAACAAGUCCGAGAGGAUGGUCUGCUUCACACAACCUGUGGAACUCCUAAUUAUGUUGCUCCCGAGGUUAUAAACAACAAAGGGUAUGAUGGAGCCAAGGCUGAUCUAUGGUCAUGUGGGGUGAUUCUCUUUGUCCUCAUGGCAGGGUACCUCCCAUUUGAAGAUUCGAACCUUAUGUCGCUUUACAAGAAGAUCUUCAAGGCAGAUUUCAGUUGCCCGUCUUGGUUCUCCACAAGUGCGAAGAAGCUCAUCAAGAAGAUAUUAGAUCCUAAUCCUAACACUAGGAUAACAAUUGCAGAGCUUAUUAACAAUGAGUGGUUCAAGAAGGGGUAUCAACCUCCCAGAUUUGAGACAGUGGAUGUUAAUUUAGAUGAUGUCAACUCCAUUUUUGACGAAUCUGGCGACCCAGCACAACUUGUUGUUGAGAGGCGAGAAGAGAGACCAUCAGUGAUGAAUGCUUUUGAGCUGAUCUCUACAUCUCAAGGCCUCAAUCUCGGCACACUCUUUGAGAAGCAAACGGGCUCUGUUAAGAAAGAAACAAGAUUUGCAUCAAGGCUUCCUGCAAAUGAGAUACUGUCGAAAAUUGAAGCAGCAGCAGGACCCAUGGGCUUCAAUGUGCAGAAGCGCAACUACAAGCUGAAGCUUCAAGGAGAGAACCCCGGAAGGAAAGGUCAGCUGGCCAUUGCAACAGAGGUUUUCGAGGUGACGCCUUCGCUGUACAUGGUGGAGCUGCGCAAGUCCAACGGCGACACCCUGGAAUUCCACAAGUUCUACCGCAACAUCUCAAACGGGCUCAAGGACGUGAUGUGGAAGCCGGAUGGCAGCAUCGUGGAAGGCAACGAGGCGCGGCACCGGAGGACACCGAGGCGCUUUCAUCAGACCAAAAGUAUGGAUAAUGUGAAUGAAGGAAUGUGCAGAGUUUCCAUAGGACUAUCAAAACAUCGACGAGGACCCGCGGGAGACCUCGACGUGCUGCGCCGCUCCUGCAUCCUAUCUGUGGCCGACCCAGACGCCGUAGUCGCGCAGUUCUCCUGUGCCUGCCUCACUGGGCCCUCCACCCCCGCCCUCGCCGCGGCGACGACCCCGACGGCGGUGGGUGGCAAUGGCCUCUCCUCGGACAACGAUGAGCAGGAGGGCGAGGACCUGGCCCUUGUUCGCAUCAUCCGCAAGAACCUCCACCGAGUCAACAAGGCCUCGCCGGCCUCCUCGCUGCCGCCGGGCGACGCCCCGGGGGGCGGCGACACCUCCUCGCCACGCUCGAUCUUGUUUGGUGGGUCAAUAGCUGAGACCACCCAGCCCAGGCAGGAGGAGGAGCCGAAAGCCCAAGGGAGGUCCAUUACGGCCCAGUCAGCUUCUGCCGAACUCAACGGCGCGAGCCCACGAUCCUUCGCACACGCCGCGCUCGCCCUGCCAGCUGACCUGCUCUGCUCCGCCCGACCCGACCCGACGCGGCCUCCUCCCCCGACGACCCUCCCCCAGAGCGAGCGACCGGAAGCCGCGAUGCGCGAGGAGGUGCGGAGCUCGUCGGCGGCGCCGCCCGACCCGCCGCCCGCGCGCUCGGCCUCGCCGCCGCCCACUCCCGUCGCCAGUUCCGCUGGUGCUUCAUCACCUCCUGCACAAGGCAGUGACCAAGUCUCCAAGGCGGGGUCGUCUCAUGUCGUUCCACCUGCUUCUCAACCCGCACUUAGUACUAAUGCUGAUGGAGCUGCUGCGGAUUUCUUUCAAUCAUCAUGUAGACCGUGGGAACGAGGCGACUUGCUUCGGCGCCUGGCCACAUUUAAGCAUUCAACAUGGGCUUCUAAGCCAAAGGCUGCUAGUUCACUGGCUUGUGCUCAAAGAGGCUGGGUGAACAUUGACGUGGACAAGAUUGAGUGUGAAUCAUGUGGUGCACAUCUUAUAUUUACUGCAUUGACAUCCUGGUCCCCUGCUGAAGUUGCAAAUGCUGGGGAAGCUUUUGCUGAGCAGCUUGAUGCAUCACACCAGAAUGAUUGUCCCUGGAGGGGGAAUAGCUGUGCUGAUAGCCUGGUCCAGUUCCACCUUACCCCAUCAGCUCUUGUUGGUGGUUUUAAAGAUCGAUGUGAUGGAUUGUUGCAGUUUGCAUCUCUUCCUGUUAUUGCCUCGUCUGCAAUUGAGAGUAUGAAGCUCACUAGAAGCGUUCAAAUUGAUCGUAUCUUAUCCCAGUCCGUUACAAUUUUGUCUGGGGAGCUGGGUUAUAGAACAGACAGUACAACUGGAAUUGAUAUCAGCCAACAAAAUGAAAGCUGCUGCUACUCUCAAGCACAGAAGCUUAUUAGCGUUUGUGGAUGGGAGCCUAGAUGGCUUCCAAAUGUUCAAGAUUGGGAAGAAAAUUCGACACGCUCUGACAGAAAUGCAGGCUCAGCUGAACCAGAUGGCCAAUUUCAUUCCCGAUUUGCUGAGAAUCGUCAAAGUUCAUACUCUGCAUCAGUUAAGAAAGAGAAGGGAAAAGGCAAAAUGCGUGUCAAAGAUUCUGGAUGCAGCAUGAGAUCACCUCUGCUGGAUUGCAGCUUAUGUGGAGCUACAGUGAGAAUUUGGGACUUCAAAUCUGUGCCACGCCCUUCUCAUUUUAGUCUGAAUAACAUCGACAUGCCUGAUACAGGAAGGAAGCCUGUGUUGAUCCGUGGAAUUAGUGCUACUAGUGGGAUCAAUGGAUUGGUUGCUGAAGGAGGGGAGAAAGAAAAUGUUGAAGGACGUGAUGAGGCAGGUACUGAUGAGUGUAAGUCUGUGUCAACUGCUCAAGUUGACUUAAAUCUGACAAUGGCUGGAGGUUUGCCAUCUAGCCAUUCUGCAUUGCCCCCGAUGCAUGGGCAUUUCAAUUAUGGAGGAAUGGGAAGAGAUCUCAUCAUUGGGCAGCCUACUGGAAGCGAACUUGGGGGCCAUGCAGCCUCAUUUGAAUCUCGGGGCCCCAGUUCAAGGAAGCGUAACCUUGAGGAAGGUGGGAGUACAGCUGACAAGCCAAUAAACAGGCUUCAGCCUGCUGACAGCAUAGAGGGAACCGUUAUUGACCGUGAUGGUGAUGAAGUUGAUGAUGCCGCACAUGAUUCUGGUGAUCGGAGCAAAAGGCCUCGUGGUUUUAAUCUUUUUGAUAUCAAUCGCCCAUCUUCUUCAGGAGCUGGUCCCAGCAGAAACUUAAGCUUUGACCUGGAUAUAGAUGUUAAUAGGUUUGAUACAUCUAAUGCUGAGGGCCCAUCUGCCCUUCAUAACCCAUUUCCAAAGGAUUCUAUGAGGGAAUCUUCUGUUAUUGCAAUGGAUACUGUUCACAGUGCAGAGGAAAAUUCAAUGGAGAGUGUUGAAUACCAUCCAUGUGAUGGUGAUGAUGUUAAUAAGCCUUCUAGUGCACUCAGGAGUGGUGGAAUGAGUGAGGCAUUAGAUCUCAAUUAUAGCAACCAAGCACAGCAAAGCAGUUUUGUACAGCCUGCUGCUGAAACUGAAAGUAAUGCAAGGGAGAUAGGUGGCAGUAGUAUGAAUGGAGGGGAAGAAGUCCUCAAUGUAGAAACGACGCCUGCCUCUGCUAGAGAUCAGUUUAGCCUGGGGGUUAGUGGAGGGAGUGUCGGGAUGGGUGCAAGUCAUGAAGCUGAAAUUCAUGGGACUGAUAUUUCUGAGCAUAAAACUGGUAGCGUUGUUGGAGAUGCUGAUCCAGUUCCUGAGCUCGUUGAGACUAUGGGCCACACUGGCGAGUCAACCCCUGGACCUAUGUUGAUGGACGAGUUUGCCCCUGAAGAAGUUACUCGAGAAGAUCCUCGUGGUGAUAGCCAAGAUAUGGCGUCUCGGUUAGCAGUUCGAGCUGACAGUGGUUCAAAAGUUUGUGGCUCAACUAAAGCUGAUUCUGUUGAGAGUGGAGAGAAGAUGAGUCAUGCUGUAGGUCCGGAGAAUAGUGCACAUCCUUCUCUCUCUUGCAACGCAAGAGUUUUUUCUGGCAUUGAUGCAUCGAAAGAGGAAGUGACUGGUAUAAUGCUGACUAAUGAUGAUUAUGAUCCAGGAAAUGGGCUAGGAGCAACAAAUGGAGAAAACGAUUAUGAAACAGAUCUUCCAGAUUUUGAUCCAAUAAAACAGCACAAUAAUUACUGUCCAUGGGUAAAUGGAAAUGUUGCUGCUGCAUGUUGCAUUAAUACUGGUUCGAGCACAGCGCUUUCUGGCUGGCAGCUCACAGUAGACGCCAUCGAGACAUUGCAGUCUGCAGGCCAAGCUCAGAAUCAGACAAUGCAGUCAGACUCUGCGGCUUCAUUAUAUAAGGAUGAUCACGCCCCACCCAGGCGGAAGCUGCUGAAAAGGGCAAACCACAGCAGGAGCUGAUCCUCAGAUCUUCUCAUUUGGCAUACUCGAAAUUUGCCAACAAUUUCUCUCUGCUCGUAUGGUUCUGAUGGAUGUCUACUUCAACGACACUGGUUCUGUGAUUUGUGAAACUAGGUUGCAGUGGAGAGCUCAAAAAACAAACCAUCAUGUGGUCGUUUUUUUUUGAGUCAAACAUACCUGUAUUAACGAUUAAGAACCGUACAAGAUGCGUCCGAAUACAGGGACCGACGAACAGGAAACAACGGACAGCUGUUUCGACUGAAUUGCACAAAAGCCCUUAAGAAACAGAAAAUUACAAUUAA